UUCAGAUGAACACAUUCUUCAUUCCGAGAGAGGAACUAUACCUCUUUCACACUUUACGAAACUAUUUGAAGAUUUCCUUCUGCUGCUCUCAGGACUCGGUGCAUGAAAAAAACAUCAGUAAUCAUGUCUGUUGUAUGCUCAUCACAGAGUUUGCCUAUUUUCCUGUUCCUCAUUCCAGUGAGUUUCGUUCAUGGUGUUGCUGAAUUAAAAGAGCUUUGCGACCCAGACCCUUUAUCAUGUAAGAACAUCACUCUAUCUGGAGGGAGAUCGAUUCAAUUCAUUCGAAGAUUAGCAUCAACAUCAAACGAUCCUGAACCAGUUCUGGUAAAACUCCCAUCUUGGCGCCAUUUUGUCUGUGUUUUACCGAAAAGAAAUGAGACUCCUACGGAUGCAUCACCACCACUAGAAACUCUCGAUGGAGGAAGUUCGACAACUUCGCCAGAAAUUUCAUCCAGUGGAGCAACUGAAGCUUCGUCAGAACAAGCAAUGUCAGGCUCUUCGACUACUCCAUCAGAACCUACGACCAAUGAUACUCCCAUGGAUGCAUCACCACCCCAAGAAACUCCUGGUGGAGGAAGUUCGACAACUUCACCAGAACUUUCAUCCAUUGGAUCACCUGAAGCUUCGUCAGAACAAGCAAUGAGCCCAAUGACAGGCUCUUCAACUACUCCAUCAGAACCUGCGACCAAUGGUACAACGAUAUAUUCGCAGGAACAUACGUCAGGUUAUUCGACAACUCCAUCAGAACAUACGACAGACGAUGCGGCUACAACUUUGUCACACCCUACAACAAUUCCUUCUACGGAGGCUUUACCUGAAACCACAACUAAAGGAAAUUUAGAUGUGAAUUCGUGUAAGAUGCUCUAUUCAAUGGGGCAUCAAACAAGUGGUGUCUAUGCCAUCUCUCCUAGCGGUGUGGGACUGACCGAUGUCUACUGCGAUAUGACCACCGAUAGCGGAGGGUGGACAAUCUUCCAGAAACGUUAUGACGGAUCUGUGGAUUUUUACCGCAAUUAUACCGAGUAUGUUCGUGGAUUUGGUGACGUCGAGGGCGAAUACUGGUUGGGAUUAGACCAACUCUACUUACUUGCUAAAGAUGGAGUCGAACUCAGAAUCGAUAUGGUUGAUUACGAUAACAAUCCAUUCUACGCUCAUUAUGGCAGUUUUAGCAUUGGAAGUACCAACACCAACUACCGAAUCGGGUUUUCAUCAUAUACCGGUACUGCAGGAGAAGGGCUAGAUGUAGCCAACGGAAAGGACUUCUCAACCUAUGACAAUGACCAUGAUGACAACUGGGGUAAUUGUGCUUCUGUGUACAGAGGGGGAUGGUGGUAUAACGACUGUUAUACAGCCAACUUGAAUGGGGUACACGGACUCCAAACUGGUUUGACAGGUAUUAUUUGGGAUUUCUCUAACACAAAAUACAUGAGAGCUACAGAAAUGAAGUUAAGAUGAUCGGAUUGAUCCAUGUUGUUGUCAUUCCUUUCUACCUAAUUUUUGAAGUUCUUAUACAUAGUUAUUUUAAAGCACAAUGUAGUCCAAGUGAUUGUGUAUAUUAGAGAAUCACUUGAAAAACAGGAAUAAGCAAUUUAAACAUAUUUCAUGUAAUGAUCUAUAUCUAUAAUGGAUUUCAUGUCAACAUGGUAACACGAACAUGGGCCUCAUGUUUCGGAGGGGGGGGGGUGGGGUGGGCUGCUCACGUAUAAUGGUAGAACCGGUACGUGGCUCUUAAGACCCCUUUUCACUCAUUGACCAACCCGUUCUCCCUCGCUCCUUCAUGUCCUAACUAAGCCCUUUAUUUUAUUCGUCAGUUCUCGAUGACCACAUUUCAUUGUAAAUUCCACCCACCCCCCCCCCCAAAAAAAAAUGCAGAACUUCAGUUCUUAAGAGUAUGGCAUCUGAUUUUCUGGCCAAACAUCCGUAUCCUUUCCAAUCCGAGUAGGGGGGGGGUGCCUCUCACUGAAAAACCAGUCCAGAAUGAUAGUCCUUUCUCAAGAGCUUUCAAGACACUGGACCCUGGUUCAUUUCACACCUUAAGGGCGCCACCUAUUGAUGUCCUUUACCAGGAAACGAAACAAAACUGUUUAUUCAUAUUUAUUUAUCAAAACCUAAUGAACAAUCAUUAUUCGGAGUUGUUAAAACUCAUAUUAGUGAAAAGUGCGUAAUUUUCAAUAUUUUACAUCAAAUCCAGACAAUAACAGACUGUCAUGAAAAUUGCAUUUUUCUCGUGACAAUUUUAUUUCCACUCUACAAAAUCCCAGCCAUGGCGUAAUUUCCUUCAGCAAGAAAUGUAUCCACAUUGUGCUGCACUCAACCCAGGUGAGGUGAAUGGGUACCCGGUAGGAAGAAAUUCCUUGAAUGCUUGAGCAGCCCAGCUAAAGCCAGGGUAAUAAUAAUAGCAGGGCCCGCUGGGAGAACAGUUUUCAGAACUGAAGUGGCUUCCCUGGGUAAAUAUACCUAUAUAACUAUAUUAUUAUAAAAUACGUACCUUUUAAAUUUAUCUUUGAUACAACCGAUGUAGAAGAAGCUUGGCUAUUAUAGUGUGACUUAUAAAUUUAUAUGUCUCUCUCUCACUUACACACUCUCCCUUUCUCCCUUGCAUGAUUAUCCCUCUUUUCUAUUAUUCAUGCCAUGUAAGUAGACUUAAGUUUUUGACGAAAUACUGUUAUGUUUUUGUUUAUCUGCUUAUAUUCCUCAAAUUGUAUAUUUGUUUUCAUAACCUUGUAUUUUUGUUUUGAACAAAAUACUGGCGAAUGCCAGUGAUGCUCUAAUAUUAAAUUCAGUUCAAUUCAUGUUAGCAGUAAACAAACAUACUCCAAGGAAGAAAAAAACGAGUUAGGUCUAAAGUCUGUCCUUGGAUGAACGGUAAGUUAAUUAGUGAGAUGAAUAGACGAAAUAAGUUUCAUAAAAUGAUAUUAAAGUAUAAUUGCUCAGAAUAAACUGACAAUGGACAAAACAUCGAAAAUUAUCGUUUACCCUUUCAAGCCACUUUAAAUUUUAAUGUGGAAGUGUGUGGACAUUUAUAAAAUGUUGAUUUAAAACUUGUCAAAUUUUGAGGAAUUUCACAUUUUUUAACUGUCUUACUGUUAUCAUACCAUAUUUCGCCCAAUUUCUGGAUAUAUUAAUGUUUUGAUAUAUAUUUCGUCAUGUGUUAAUUUAAUAUCCACAUUUUGUGAUCAAAUAAAAUUGGAAAUAUUCGCAAUUAUCUAUUUUCAACAAAACUCGCUUUCUAGUUUUCCCAUGAAACUGGCGGCAUCACAGGUCGCCAACAAAGGCUACAUUGCAUGCACCUGUGUAUUCUUUUGUACUUCUUUAGAAAUCGAAAGCUACACGAAUU